AUUGGGAAAGCCUUUUUUAUAUUGGGAAUUCCCAAAAUAGAUAUUUGACCUGACGUCAUUUUAUAGAUGUCGCACUUAUUAGCGUCAGUUCUCUGAUAGCGUGGGUUCUUCAGCGAGAUCUGUUAUUUGAAAGUUUGAAACUGUGCACAUUUAGCGAUAUGACUGAAAAAGCAAGCAUGUUUGAUACCAAAGACUACGUUGUCGUGGCAAUUUGGACUCUGGUUGGUUUGAUCACCAUGAGAAACCGAAGAUGGUGGCUGGUUACGGUGUCUUUGUUGAAUCUCGUUGCAGCGAUUGUUGGCUUCUUUUUUCCAAAACAUGAUUUGGAAACGCAGGGCAAUCUACCGGUAGAUGAUAUCCACAUUCAACUUAAUCGUGUAAUCUGCAUCCUGAUGUUUUCGCAACUCUUCUUUGUGUUUUGUGUGCGUAACACAAGAGAUGACUGUGUAGUCAACAACCUCUUGUCCACCCAGGUUCUGGUCUCUGCAAUGAUAAUUAAUAUAAGCAUAAUGACCUUCAUGCGACCCAACACUUUCCUGAAACCAUUUAGCCUUUCCUCUAUGCUGUAUGGGAACAUCGUAUUGGGUCUGACUGCAACAUAUCACCUUAUCCGCAAUGGCAACUUUGGUGGUAAGGAGGAGAAAAGCAUCAGGCUGCAUUUUCAUCUUCGACUUGAUGCGAUUAUAAUCUACAUGUCAGCUUUCAAUCUUCUGGCAUUUACAACUCCAAGAUUGGCGAAUAGUUUUGGAGUGAAACCAGAUGACCAGCACAUUUACCUUGCACAGAUUGCCGCAGCAUUUAAAAUUGGUCUGGCAUUCAUUACUCAACGAGCUCCAGGUUUUGCCAGUGUGGAUGAUAAGAAAAGUGUUGUCUUCUUCCGAAUCUUUAUGAAUGUGGCUUUGGUAGCCAACUGGGCAUACUUCCAAGUUGUGUUGCAGGGAGGAAAAGUGUCAAGCCUGAUCCGCUUGGUUUCUAUAAUUGGCCUCCUAACGAUAAACCUACUUCUCGCUGUGUGCCCUGCAUCAUUGAGUUUCUCUCCUAUGUUCUGGAGAAAGUGUGAGGAAGCGCCUGCACAUACCUACCAAUUACGUAGCAGCACAACGACGACCACUAGUAGAGUUACCAGAUCUUCCAAGAAAAAUACAUAAACAUCUGACUGUUUACUGCAUUAUAUACAGCUUCAAAUUCUUGAAAUUCUACUUUGAUUCACCAGGAUGGAAUAACAGCUAGAUUAUUAAGGAUCACAGAGUAAGGAUACGUUCACUGCCACAAAGAUCUCUGACUCAAAGUGAAAUGAUUCAUAUCAUUAUUGACCAAAUAUAGUCAUAAUGUAGCUUUUAGGCAUCUACUAAUCUAUAUAUCAUUUAAUACUCACCAGACACCAAAAUUAAUGUUCUGCAAUGUUAGGCCUAAUACAUGUUAAUUAUCAGAGUUAUCAGUGAUAGGCCAUUACUAUCUGACAGUGUUUGGCCUGUCAUAGUGUACAGGUUAAUAUUUUGAAAGUUAGCUGUUUGCAAGCCU